CCUCACUCUCUCUCUCUCUCUCUCUCUCUUCCCCCCCUCACAACGCUCACUUCCUGACAACCGCUGCCAAAGGACUAUCAGGCGCAGCACAUCCCCGAAUUCCAUUUCUCAACGCAGGCCUGGAGCAAAAAGGGAACAAGAAGGAAACGUCUUUUAAACUUUUUUGUCAGGUGCUUUUGUCAAGUGUUGCAGCCUGUAGCUUCAGCAGUAUGACCUCCAACCAGGAUAUAAAGAAGGCUGAAUGAGGCCAAAAGAAACAGACGCCAAGCCAAGCCAAGCCAAGCCAAGCCAACAGCCACCUGUUUCUCUUUUCUGUAGAGCUGAUCUGCAUCUUUUGAUCAUUUGGUCAGAGUCAGAAUGCUAGAGUGGAUAAAAGUGAGUGAGUGAGUAGGCAGAGGACGACUUAGGGCAAGUUCAGUUUCAGUUGAGCCUUGAGGUCCCGUGUUGCUGACUAGAUUUAGCCUGGUCCCACUCGGCUCGGCUCAGUGGCACAGUGCUGUGCAAUGACAAACACUGGCAUCCCAUGAUGUUGAGUCUGGAUGGUUUGGAGAUGAUCGCCGUGCUGGUGGUCAUGGGUCUCUUCAUCAAAGUGCUGGAGCAGUUCGGGAUGUUCGAGCCGGUCGGCGGGGAAGACAGCGUGGAAGAUGAUUUUGAGUUAUCCACCGUGUGCCAUCGCCCAGAGAGCAUGGACAAACUGCAGGAGCAGACCAAGUUCACCAAGAAGGAGCUGCAAGUCCUUUACCGGGGGUUCAAAAAUGAGUGUCCGAGUGGCGUGGUGAACGAGGAGAACUUUAAGACCAUUUACUCCCAGUUCUUUCCUCAGGGAGAUUCAAGUAUGUAUGCACAUUUCCUGUUUGAAGCCUUUGACACUAACAAGAAUGGCUCUGUUAGUUUUGAGGACUUUGUAUUUGGCCUGUCCAUCAUUUUGAGAGGGACAGUUAAUGACCGGCUAAACUGGGCGUUCAACCUCUAUGACCUGAACAAGGAUGGCUGUAUCACCAAAGAGGAGAUGUUGGACAUCAUGAGGUCCAUCUAUGACAUGAUGGGGAAGUACACAUACCCCACAAUGCAGGACGAUGCCCCGAGAGAUCACGUGGAAAGCUUCUUCCAGAAAAUGGACAGGAAUAAAGACGGGGUGGUCACCAUAGAUGAAUUCAUUGAGUCGUGCAAAAAGGAUGAGAACAUCAUGCAGUCCAUGCAGCUGUUUGACAACGUCAUCUAACAAUCUGGACCAGUUAGGACAUCGGCACCAGGAAGGGGGAGUGUGUGUGUGUGUGCGUGUGUGUGUGUGUGUGAGUGCGUUUGUGAGUGUGCUAGUGUGUGUAUGUUUGAGAGCAGAAUCAGAGUUGACACAUUUGUGAUUGAGUGUUUGUUUGGCUGUUUCCUGACUUGCAAGCCUGUGCUUGUGUGUCUUACGAGAGCUGCGAGUCCUGAGGGCUCGGAGAGGUCCUCCCUUUUCUUCCUGGACCCCAGUGGCAUUUCUCCAAGUAACAAUGGAUACUUUCCUCGUCAUGCAGAACCUUAGAUUUACCCCAGAGACACAAAGAAAGGAGGGAAGCAGCAGGCUCACCGGCACUCUCACACCCCAGAUCCCCCAUCUGUUUUAACAUUUAUUUAUUACUAUUAUCAACAGCGGAGGAACUAUCACAGCUUGUAAUGGCUGAACUCCAAAGGGAACCGGUUGUAUCCAAACCUUGACCUAUCAGAACACUUUUUUCCCCCCAGUGAUGGCUGAGAUUCUAAUUCAUGAAUCUGGUCCUGCUUUUGUGCAUGUGGUUUCACGUCUCCCUGGAGACUGCUCAUGCACCGGUUUGAGAGGAUAGAAGCAAAUCUACCACCAUCUAGUGGACAAAAGGCACAAAAAAGACGCUUCCUGAGAAAACGACUGACUAAUUGGAAAUCCAAGGGAUCGCGGGUUUUACAAGGGGACCGAUUUCAGUAUCGCAUGAUGAUGUCACUAAUAUCCAAUUAUGUAUUUACAGAGAUACUCCAAAGUCUGCUUGUCUGUCUGCUGUCUUUCCUGGUCAUUCACAGGUGCCUCACCCUUUGUGUACGUGUGUGCGUGCAUGUGUAAGAGAAGAGAUGUCAUCCGUUUUACCUAUGAAAUAAUCUCCCCCCCCCCCCCGCCAUACAUCAGAUUCUGGUAGAUUAUUUUCCGGCCCUCCAAACUAUUACAGGUUUAGCAGUAGGCGUCUAUUGACUGUUGUACAUUAUCUAGUGAUCCCACCGGUGUCAUGUUUGACAGUACAACGUGGGGCUUGCACUGUGAUCGAUGAGAUGCGCUUUUUUCCCCCGUUUCUCUCAUCACAGGUAUUGGCAAACCACAUUUGUACUAGUCUCAUCCAUAGACCUUCACAGAGAAUUCAUUAGAUUUCAGAUUGUACUUGUGAACUUCAUGGAAACGUGAACAAAAAUUCUAGUUUAUUCUAGUUCUUGAGCGAGAGAGACAUGGUUUGAGUUCUUAAUUCUUUUUUUUUUUUUAAAUACCUGUCCUACUAUUCCUUAUUCUCCUUCUCUCUGUAACACCAAAGAGAAGAUUUAAGAGGUAUACGAAGUUACUCUUAUGUUAAGACAUACAGUAUAGCCCAUUCGUGGGUGAAGAGAGAGGGGGGAUUGCUGUGUAGUAAGUGAGGCAAGGGGCAAUCAGAGAUGAAAGGACGUAUUUUGUGAUUUGGAAUGGUGGAAUUUCCAGAACACAGUCGUAUCUAGGCUUUCUGGCAUAAAUGAGACAUUUAUUUGCCCCUUUUCACAUGAGAAUACUCUUAAAUCAAAGAUGGUGGUAGUUCCAGAGGCACUCGAGCUGUACAUCAAUAGGCUGUAGUGUCUUUGAUUGCAAAGAAUAGCAAUAAUUUCCUGUUAUCAGCACCUUUACACUGAUCCAACCUCUUCAUUUCUCUAAAAGCACAGCAUAGGGCCUGAAUGAAAAUAUUUAUUUUGAGUAUUUUACAUUUGUUUCCCUCUCUCUCUCUCUCUCUCUUUGGGGAUGGAGUGGUUUGGCUCUGAUUGUUCCUUGCCAACACUUUUUAAACUUCCAUUCCUGACCACAAUUAAAACCUGUCUAUACCCGCAUGUACUGUGUCUAAACAAUGAAGACCUACUAACCCGUUGUACUGAUUGUCUAGUUAGGUAGCCUCAGCUGGUCGCAUUACGUAUUUAAAAUGUGUAUAUUUUGUACAGAGACAAUAAAAAUCACAGUUACUAUGCAAAACUGAGUGGAGUUUGAAAUUUAAAGACUGUGCAACAGUGGUUCUCAAACCUUUUAUGUUUUAUGUACCAUCUGAAAAAUAUGAAUACUUUUAUCACCAACGUUAACAGGUUGAACAGCUAAGGACUUUUCACAGGAGGCAGAUUUCUUCCCAAUGAGAUAACUUGCUCUCUCAUCAUCCUCCUCUUCCUCACUUGUACUUCAAACAAUGGUAUAGUGAAAUUGAGUGAGAUAAGUUGACUAAUUAUUAUUAUUAUUCAACGUUUUUAAAUUGUCUACACACUGCAGUCAAAAUCCCUCAGCUCCUAUCACAGAGCCUGGUAUACACAUUAGAACAGUAUUUCAGCCUUUUCUCCAAGUACCACCA